AUGCUGGGCGUGUGCGCAUGCCUGAGCAAGCCCUCAUCCCUUCCAGUGAUCUGCGAGAACGGAGGGUCAUGGAACAACGGCACCUGCAUUUGCACAAAUGGCUUUGAAGGAGACAGAUGCCAGUUCCUGGUGGAUGAACAGUUGUGUUACAACGGGGGCUUCUGGGACGGGAUCAAAUGCCAGUGCCAUCUACCCUUCUACGGGCCGCGCUGUCAGGAGGUGGUUGACAGCCUUGAUCUAGAGCCGCCACAGAUGGUGUCUGCGGUAGUGGAGCUGUCUGUGACGGUGACCAGUGAGGAGUACAGCGAGCAACUCCAAAACCAAUCUUCGGAGGAAUUCAAGAACUUCAACGAGACCUUCACCAAGCAGAUGGCGCUGAUUUAUUCUGAAAUCCCCGAGUACUACGGGGUCAACAUCACCAGGCUGUCGCCUGGCAGCGUGGUGGUGGAGCAUGACGUCAUCCUGAGGACCACCUACACGCCGCAGUAUCAGGAGGUGUUCGGGCAGGCCACGGAGACCGUGGAGGAGAUCAUCAUGAACGUGACGGCCAAGCAGAUCAGCACGAACAACUCCUGCCCCGCCUUGCUGUGUUUCAACACGACGGCCACCAUGGUGCAAAAUGUCACCAUCGACUACGACCCCGAAGAGGAGUGCCGACAGAAGGCAGGGCCGGUGUACAGUCCCUACUUCACGGUGGAGUACAAGGACCAGACGCCCUACUGCGUGUCGCCCUGCAUGUCAGACUUCAACGUCUCCAUGAACUGCAACAUGGGCAAGUGCCGGCUGGAGACCACCGGCCCCCGGUGCUUCUGCCUGAUUACAGACACUCACUGGUACAGCGGAGAGACCUGCCAGUGGGCCACCUCCAAGAGCCUGGUGUACGGGCUGCUGGGGGCGGCGGGUGGCUUGCUGCUGAUCAUCAUCAUGGCUCUGUUGGUGUUCUCGCUGCGCUCCAGGAGGAAGGCGAGGAGGAAACAGUCCAUAGAGCCUCAGCUGUACCAAUGGCAUGAAGAGGUUGGACAGGAGCCAGGGACCUUCCGAAACGUCACCUUCGACCUCCACGAAGACAGCUCCGUCUACGUGAACUCCAUCUACAGUAACUUUGAGCCCGCCCUGAGCAACAUUGAUCCCGAAACAAGGAUCCGAAUUCAGAGGCCCCAGGUGAUCAAGACGUCUCUCUGA